UAAAUCUACAAACCGUGGCAACGUUUCAACAAUCGUAACUGGCACUUUAACAAAAAAUAAAUAUGAAUGGAGACUAACAAAAGUUUAUUUCUUCUUUAAUGGGCAAGUUGUAAGUAAAGUAUUCUAAACUGUCAACUAUCUAGAAGUUUUGAAUCUGCACAAAUAUCAAGGUGGCUAGUUUGUAAACUUUCAUGAAGUAGCAUGGCUGAAAGACCAGAAGAUUUAAAUUUGCCCAAUGCAGUGGUCACCCGAAUAAUUAAAGAUGCAAUCCCAGAGGGUGUCAAUGUUUCUAAGGAAGCCAGGCUAGCUAUAUCUAAAGCUGCCAGUGUAUUUGUUCUGUAUGCUACGUCUUGUUCCAAUAACUUUGCUGUAAAAAACAAACGAAAAACAAUCAAUGCCCAGGAUGUAUUAAGUGCUAUGGAAGACAUGGAGUUUGAGCAGUUUAUUGAACCUCUGCAGCAGUGCCAAGAAGCUUUCCGCUUGGAGAAAUCUGAGAAAAAGAAAGACAAAGCACCCAAGCCAGCCCCUGCUGCCCCGGAGAUCAUAGAGGACAGUGACAAGGACGUGGAGGAAGUCAGUGAUGAAGAUGACACAGCAGCUGGCCAGUCUAAAAGCGCAGACUUUGAAAUCACAUUAAACAAUGACACCAGUGAGAGCAGCCCAGAAAUUGUGGAGGAUGUGGAUGAUUGAUGUGGGUGUGUUAGGGAUGAGUGGUGUGGUUUUUUUUUUAUGUGACAGAAAAUUGAGGUAAUGUUACUGUGUGGAGGGGGGGGGGCUUGUUGACAGUUUGAAUAAGAAAUAUGUGCGAAGACUGAGACAUUUUGAAUUGCAUGAAUGUAUGCUAGGAAUUUACAUUGCUUCAUUAUUCAUACCAUUUUGAUUGUAUUAGA